CUCCUUCACCACCACCUCCGCCCCUGCCGGCGGCGCCUUCCCAGACUCCUCUCCGGGUAAACAGCGAUGGCCGCAGAUGAAGGAGGCGGAGAACAAGAUAACAACAUGGGAAACCACUUGCAGAUCCUCCCGGCCGAGAGUGAGGAAGAGGAUGACGUUGAAAUGGAAGUUGAAGAUCAAGACAGCACGGAUGCUGAAAAGCCAAACAUCAUUAAUUUUGACACUAGCCUGCCAACUUCUCAUGUGUAUUUAGGAUCAGACAUGGAAGAAUUUCAUGGAAGGACUGUCCACGAUGAUGAUAGCUGUCAAACAAUUCCAGUUUUACCCCAUGUUAUGGUAAUGCUGAUUCCUGGGCAAACAUUACCUCUUCAGCUUUUUCGUCCCCAAGAGGUCAGCAUGGUUCGGAAUUUAAUACAAAGAGACAGAACCUUUGCUGUUCUUGCAUACAGCAACAUACUUGAAAGAGAAGCACAUUUUGGAACAACAGCUGAAAUUUAUGCCUACCGGGAAGAACAGAAAUAUGGAAUUGAAACCGUCAAAGUAAAAGCUGUGGGAAGGCAGCGCUUUAAAGUACUUGAACUAAGAACUCAAGCUGAUGGCCUACAGCAGGCCAAAGUACAAAUCCUUCCUGAGCGGGUGCUUCCUUCAACUAUGUCUGCAGUGCAGCUGGAAUCCCGCAGCAGAUGUCACAUUUUUCCUUCUUCUAAGCCUGCAACAUGGCAGGAUCAACAGAUACAUCAAUGGCGACAGAAAUAUCAAAAGCGCAAGUUUCACUGUGCUAGUCUGACUUCCUGGCCAUCGUGGUUGUAUUCUUUAUACGAUGCUGAAACCUUGAUGGAACGAGUCAAGCAACAGCUUCAUGAGUGGGAUGAAAAUCUUAAAGAUGAAUCACUUCCAGCAAACCCAAUAGAUUUUUCAUAUAGAGUUGCAGCAUGCCUACCAAUUGAUGAUGUUUUGCGAAUUCAGCUGCUUAAAAUUGGUAGUGCUGUUCAGCGACUGCGCUGUGAACUAGAUAUUAUGAACAAAUGUACCUCUCUUUGCUGUAAGCAUUGCCAAGAUACAGAAAUAACUACUAAAAAUGAAAUAUUCAGUUUAUCCCUGUGUGGACCUAUGGCAGCCUAUGUGAAUCCUCAUGGCUAUGUGCACGAGACCCUUACUGUCUACAAGGCCAGCAACCUGAAUCUGAAUGGCAGAUCUUCCACAGACCACAGUUGGUUUCCUGGAUACGCAUGGACAAUAGCUCAGUGUAGGAUCUGUGGAAGCCAUAUGGGUUGGAAGUUUACUGCCACCAAGACGGAGUUGUCGCCUCAAAAAUUCUGGGGACUGACCCGUUCUGCUCUGCUGCCAAGAAUUCCAGAAAAAGAAAACGAAUCUGGGCAAGAAAGAUCUCUACUGCUUUGCCUUUGAUCUGGGCACCUUUACACAGAACAAACUAAAAGCAGUUUGUGUCUUGAAGAGAAAAGUAUUAAAUUCCGCCUCUGGGAUCUAUCUGGUUGUAUAUUUGAACUUCACAAAAAAGGCACUGUUGUUUCCGAAGGCCCUGAAAAAUUUAAUAUUUUGAAGAUGUACAGAAUGUGAAACGGAAUGCGAGAAAACGCAGGCAAUUUCAUGUUUUCUGGCAUGUGCCGAAUUGAACAGUUCAGAUUUACAGCUGCUCUUUAAUAAUGUAAGAAGACAUCUAGCGUUGUUGAGGAGCUAAAAGCUGAGUUGAAGUGACACGAAGACUGUAUAACUUAAAAGUGUGCGUAAUGAUAGCUAUAACCUAUUGCCCGCUGUUUUAAGGUAUUUUCCUGUAGAUUGUGGUGAAUUUACUAGAAUACCUGUUUGCUACCUGUAUGAAAUAGUUUACAGGUACUAGCAUUUGCUUCAAUAAGCCUUAAAAAGACAAGGAGACCCAGUUUUCUCAAAGGAGUGUUCAGCUGCCUAAGAUCAGGCUCUAGCUACUGUAGAAGCACGCAUUGAAGCCUGCUGCUCAGAGAAUAUAUGGAAUGCAGCUCUUUGGUUAAAAUGAAUUCCAGCCAGGCUGUUUGUGUUUGCUUUAUCUCCUUUACAGGAUUUUCACUCCAUUUGGCAUUUUCAGACUUCCUUUUUAAAAAAAGUAGAACUGUAGGUUAGUUGUUUAUGCCUCUAGCAGCAUAAUAAAAGGGUAUGAUUUUUUUCGAGAUUGAAUCUCUCCAGCACAUUUCAGUUAAUCAUAUCACAAAAGUUUGUAAUUAAACGUUUUGAAGCAUUAUGUAUCUUUUUACAUGUCUUAGGGACUUGGCAUAACAGUUGUUCAUAAGCUAUAUAUUUGGUAUUGGAAAGCAGCAGACAGCUUAUUACUCUUUGUAAUUUCUUAUCUGAACCUGAGGGAUUGUGGGUUAAUAAUGCUUCCGAUAGAAACUUCUUGUUUUCAGGAGAUAUUAUAGAAAUAGGUGCCAAAAAAGAAGGAAUAAAGAUUUAAUAUGUUUUUUUUUUCAGAAUGCACUUCAGUAAAUCCACAGGUAUCAGAUUUGUUUCAUAGGAAUAUGUAGUGAGCUUGUUAAUAAUAUGUGUUGAGUUACCUUGCUGAAAUAAAAACUUUGCUGAAACGUUUUGGUAAUUUCAUACAUACCCAUCACAUUUCCUUGUAAGAUGUUAUUUUGAAGCAAAUACCUAACUUUAAUGAUGGCAUUUAUUGUAUAAGUUGAAAAGAUGUGUCUGUCAUUCACCAUCAAGACUUUUAAUGUACACCAGCAAAAAAGAUAUUUUUUUUUGAAUAGAGCAAGAUAAGGGGCAUCUUACUGAAUGAAAAUUUUAGAUUAUUUUUUAAUUUUUUUUUUGUGUUAUAAAAAUGUAUUGAAAGCAUUGGAUUUAAGGGUCAGACUGUACUGAACAAAAUCACAAUACUAGUCACUUCUAGAUAUGCAUGGACUAUGUAGCAUGUUCCUGAAAAUAAGCCCUCCCCAAAAAUAUUUAAAUGCAUGCGCAGCCGGUACCUGUCCUUUCCUCUGGUUAGGGUUAGGGAGACAGAGCUGGAAAUCAGGUAAGACAGCAAGAGGAGCCCCGUCUUGCUCCACACGCCCCAAAAUAAUAAGACCUCCCCGAAAAUAAAGCCAAGCUUUUUUUCAAAAAAAAAAGGGUUCAAAAAAAUAUAAGACAGGGUCUUAUUUUCAGGGAAACACGGUAACUCAGUGUAGGUUCUGUAGAAGCCAUAUGGGUUGGAGGUUUAUUGCAACUAAGAAGGAGUAACUUCUCAUACUUAGUUAAAGUGGGCUUUUUCAAGCGGUGAAGUUCCUGAAGCUGUGGGUCCUUCAAUUUUGUUCUGCUAUGGAUAAACUGAUGGCCAAGGAUUGAGUUUUUAGUUCCAGUCUAUAGUUUUCCAUAUUAAAAGUAUCAUUUUUAUUAUUUUAUUUUAUUAAAUUUAUCUAGCUGCCCAUCUCACGAAAAGUGACUCUGGGUGGUACAUAAUAAUUAAUUUUAACCCCUUAUAAUUGAUCCUAGUAAAAUCAGUCACUGUAACACUUAACCCACUUCACUUUUCUGCCAUGAAUAAAACGUAAUGCUUACAUUGGAAUAUUCGUCUUAAUAGAUCUAUUCGUUCUCUGUCUUAUCAUACGGAACAAGCCUUUUAUUCACCACAAUUCAGAUGGAAGAAUGAAGUCCUAUUUUUCUAUCAGUCUUGGUUCAGUGGCUCGCUAGGUGUGUAGAUCAUCACAAAUGUGCUAAGAUCUGUUCCUGAGUAUGAUGUGCAUAAAGGUGAAAGAGCUUUAGCCUCAAAUUUUCAUUGAUUCCAGUUUUCCCACAAAUAGCCUGCAGCAUAUUACGUUAGACCAGGGGUGUCAAACUCAAGGCCCAGAUGCGGCCCGUGAGGUGCUUAGAUCUGGCCUGUGGGGUUGCCCUGGAAACAGUGAAGGACCGGCCUGCAGUGCCUCUGCCAGUGAAAAUGGAGCUCGGGAGGGUCGCAGGCAGCCAUCCUGAGCUCUGUUUUCACUGGCAGAGGGUUGCAGGCAGCCGUCGCAACCGAAAAUGGAGCUUGGGAGCCCUUUUUCACUGGCAUUGCACUUGGGCCACCACAGGCGCCCCAACACGAGUGAUGCAAAGCUGGCCACGCCCACCCUGGCCCCCUAAGGUCAAACAACCUUGAUGCAGCCCUCAAUAAAAUUGAGUUUGACACCCCUGGGUUAGGUCUUUAUAUCAAAAUGGCCACAGAUAAAGGCCAGGAAUUGAAGUUAUGCAUAAAAUUUUAUGCGAUUUAAGUUUAAUAUGAGUUUAAGCAAGGCUUUCUAAAAAAAAAUACUUGGACCCUCAUAUAAUUUAUUGAGAUCAUGAAUAAGUAAUUUUUCAAUUUUCUGUUAAUGUUGACUAUUAUGUGUCUCACCUCAUUUUGUGAUAGAUUUAAGAUUAAUAAACUAAUAGCAUAUUCUAAUUAUUAAGUAAGCAUGAGUUCAAGUUACUGUAAAGUAACUGCAUCUUGCUAUUGUGAAAUUGGCUGUUGUCUUCUCAAUUAAUUCUGCAGGACAUAUGCUUUACAGUUUCAAUAUAGAGCAAUUAAAUGGGUCUCCCUUAUCAGCUCAGUUUCUCUGUUUUAUAUGUAUUGUGGGACUUCCAAAAAUUGGAGAAAAGGGGAGAAAAUGGAAAUUAAAGGUGUUUAAACAGAUAAUAAAAUGAAUUGUUUUCCCUUUGAGAGCUUACUGCAAAAAAACUAAGGGAGCAUUACAAAUAUCUGCAUCUUUAUUUUUUUCUAAAAGCAGUACCAAUAAGAUUUCAAAUAUGAAAAUUUAUUUCGGAAUCAAAAAAAGUUUUGAUUUGGCUUGUCACUUAUCUUUUUUUUUUAAAACAAACCACCUUUUUCUUGGAAGAAAACCAAAUGAAAUGAGAAUAGAAUUUUUUUUUAUUAUGGUCACUGAAUUAAACAAAAUCUGUGAUUUCAAAAAAGUACUUUUACAUCAUUUAUUCCUAUUAAAUUUUUAAAUCAGACAUUUGGUAAUUCUAGUUGUGAUUUUCAAACUAGUAGUACCUUAAUAGCACUACUAUGUCUGAAUUGAACUUGCAUUUUCCUUUUGACUCAUGUAAAUUCAUAACUUUGUAUAUUGCUAUCAAUAUUUUUUCAGUUGGAUCAAGUGAUUAAGGCAUCAGGCUGCAAAGUGGAGACUAAGUUUUUUCUAAUGCUGUUUUAGCCAUGAAAGCCAAUUGGAAGCCAAUCAAUCUUUUUUAGCCCAACUCACCUCACAAAGUGAUUGUUGUAGGGAAAAUAGGAGGAGGAAGACGUAUUAGAUAUGUUCGCUGCCUUGAGUUAUUUGUAAAAAUAAUAAAAGGCAGGAUAGCAAUAGCACUUAACUUAUAUACCGCUUAACAGUACUUUUACAGCCCUCUCUAAUUGGU